AUGAGCGCGUGCGGACGCGCGAACAACACGCACGGCAACGGCAACAUGCGCCGACUGAAUCGCGCGCUCGCGGACGCGGUCGCGCGCGGGCGCCGCCGCGCGUCGUCCGCGCAGCGAUGGGUCGCCCCACCAGAGCGAUCGCUCGCGACGAUCGCGCGCCAACAACAGAUACAAAAUCAUCAUCGUCGUCGUCUCGCGGGAGGUCGCGGGGGCGACCUCCUCGGUCCUCCUUGGCGCGGACGCGCGACCGCGGCGCUGCGAGGAGGCGACGACGACGUCGCGGCGGCGGCGUCGUCCUCGUCGCCGCCCGCGGAUCCGCCCGCGUCCUCCUCCUCCUCCGUGCGCGCGCCGUUCGCGCCCGCGGGCGAUCAGCCCGCCGCGAUCGCAGACUGCGCGCGACUCGUCCACGACGAGCGGCGCCGCUUCACGUGCCUGCGCGGCGCGACCGGCACGGGCAAGACCUUCGUCGUCGCCAACGUCAUCGCGUCGCAACCCAAACCAAUUCCGACGCUGGUCGUCGUCCCGAACAAGACGCUCGCCGCGCAGGUGGCGCGCGAGCUCCGCGCGUAUCUCCGCGACAGUCGUCACGUCGAGCUGUUCGUGUCGCACUUUUCGCUGUACGUCCCGGAGUCGUACUCGCGCGGGCGGUACGUCGAGAAGCGGAGCGCGGUCGAUAAGGACCUCGAGGCGCUCAGGCACAGGGCGACGAAGGCGCUGCUGGAGAGCGACGACGUCGUCGUCGUCGCGUCCGUGUCGUGUCUCUACGGGAUGGGGAUGCCGAGCGAUUACGUCGACGCGCGGCUGUGUUUCGAACGCGGGGUACCGGGACUCGGCGUCGCGGGUCAAGACGCGGUCGCCAGGCGGCUCACGGAGUCGCUCCUGUACGAGGAGACGAAAGACGCGCGGUGGGACGGCGUGUCGCGCGGGCAGUGGGCGUGGCAGGGCGAGGCAGACGCUGACGUGGACGGCGCGCGGCGGAUAGCGGUGUGGCCGCCGUACGAGGAGGCGCCGGUGGAGAUGGACGUCGCGCCGGACGGGUCGCUGGUCGGGUUCGGACGCAUGCGGAGCGCGUACGACGCUGAUGCUUCUUACGUGGAAGCUGACGUGGAAGCUGACGUGGCCGUCGCGGGGAAGAAGAAGAAGAAGAAGACAGCGACGCGAGGGACACGACGAGGGGAUUUCGUGAGCGCCGCCGCGGACGGCGAGCCGCUGCCGCCGCCUCCCGACCGCGUCACGAUCUGGCCGCGGCAGCAUCACAUCACCCCGCCCGAGCGCCUCGCCGUCGCCGCCGAGGCGAUCAAGGCUGAGAUGCGCGCGCGGUCCGCGGAGCUCCGCGCGAACGGGCUUCAGAUCGAGGCGGACCGUCUCGAGCAGCGCACAAAGGCGGACGUCGGGCUUCUGCGCGAGCUCGGGUGGUGCCCUGGCGCGGAGCACUACAGCCGGCAUCUCGGCGGGAGGGACGAGGGCGCGCCGCCGGUGACGCUGUUGGAUUAUUUCAACUUUUCGACGACGGCCGAAGCCGGCGGCGCGUUCGGCGGCGGCGAUUCGAAGCCGAAGCGCGAUUGGCUCCUCGUCGCGGACGAGUCGCACGUCAUGCUCCCUCAGCUCAAGGCGAUGCACGGCGGGGACCGGUCGAGGAAGCUCGGGCUCGUCGCCGGAGGGUACAGGCUGCCAUCGGCGUUGGAUAACCGCCCGCUGACGUUCGACGAGUUUUGGGAGCGGGUCCCGCGCGCGUUGCUCGUGAGCGCGACCCCGGGGGCGAUCGAGGAGGCGUGGUGCGGCGGCGGGGGUGAAUCGGAAUCGGAAUCGUCUUCAGAUUCAGAAGCGUCCGUUGACGUGGCGAGACGAGAGAUCCGGGUGAUGCCGAGCGGCGAGGUCGCGGUGCUCUCGUCGUCGUCGCCGCCGCCGCCGCCGCCGCCGCCGCCGCCGCCGCCGCCGCCGCCGUCGUCGUCGUUGUCGCACUCCAUGGUCGACAUGGUCGUCCGCCCGAGCGGCGUCCUCGACCCCCCGGUCACGGUCCUCCCGCGCGCGAAGCAGCUCCCCGAGAUCGCGCGCCUCGUCCGCGAGCGCGCCGCGCGCGGGGAAGCGUCCCUCGUCUGCGCGCUCACGAAGGCGGACUGCGAGGACCUCGCCGGAUACCUCAACUGCCUCGGCGGCGCGCGCGCGGAUUGGCUGCACAGCGAACUCACCGCGCCGCAGCGCGCGAAGAAGCUGCAGAGGUUGCAGCAGGGCGAGAUCGACGUCCUCGUCGGCGCGCAGCUCCUGCGCGAGGGCUUGGACCUCCCGCAGGUGAGCCUGGUCGCGGUGCUCGACGCGGGGGUCCCUGGGUUCAUGCGAAGCUCGCGGUCGUUGAUUCAGAUGCACGGCCGCGCGGCUCGAAACGCGCGCGGGGAGUGCUACUUCUUCGCGGACGAGCCGUACACGGAGGCGAUGACGGAGGCGAUCGACGAGAUCGACAGACGCCGCGCGAAGCAGAGCGCGCACAACGCGAAGCACGGGAUAACGCCCAAGAACGCGGUCGCCGGGUCGUCGAGCGCGUCGCUGAGUUUGUUCGAAGUCAUGUCCGACGAAAUCGCGGCGACGAAAGGGGAGAUCACGCAAGCCGCGGAGGCGAAAGCGCACGCCGCGGUCGUCGCGAACGCGCGCGCGGGCGGCGCGAACGGAGCGUUGUUCGAACGUCCGACCGACGAAGAGGUCGAGGCCGCGCUGAAGAAGUGGCGGAUGCGUCGGGCGGGCGCGACGGCGGCGGCGGACGCGGCAAAAGCCGCCGCCGCGGCGUCCGCGCGGGCCAAGCUGGAGUCCACCGCGAGCGUCUCCGGGCCCGCCGCCGCGUGGGCCGCGCUCGGGGACCGGUUCACGGAGCGGGAGUUCACCGCCGCGCUGUUCGCGGCGCCGUCGUCGUCCGACGCCGUGGUGGAAACGUCGGACACACAGAACGUGUCGGAAUAUUCGAACGUGUCGGACGAGAAUGACGCGUUCGCUGCGCCGCGGGCUGCGCGCCGCGCCGCGGAGGACGUCCUCGCCGCGCACGGCCACGCGAUCGACCACGUCGAAUCCCUGCGCCGCGCGGUCGCGGACAUGCCCGCGAAGACGGGGAUAUACCGCUGGCUCGCGGAGGACGGCGAGGUGCUCUACGUCGGCAAGGCGAAAAAUUUACGCGACAGAACGCGCGGGUACUUAUCCCCCGCGUUGCUCGAACGUUCGCCGCGUCACCGCACGCUCGCGGCGAAGGCGCGAAGCGUAGACAACGUGUUGACCCCGGGCGGCGAGAGCGACGCGCUCGCGCUCGAGGCGCGGCUGAUCGAGCGCUUUAAACCGCCGUUGAACGUGCUGUUGAAGCACGCGCCGAGGCCGGACGCGGCGCUCAUAGUGGCGACGAUUUCGGACGAGGUGCCGAGGUUUUUCGUCGUCGACGCGGGGUCGGUCGCGGCGGAGAGAGCGACGACGACGGCGAAUUUGGCGGGCGGCGGCGGCGGCGAUGUGAAGAACAACGUUGUGGCGGCGCCCCCAUCGCACCGGAACCGACUCGGUCUCGACGGCGUCGGCGGGCGCGUCUCGCCCGGCGUCGUCGCCGCCGCCGUCGGCGGCGUCGGCGUCGGCGGUUCGAAUCCCGGCGGCGUCCGCGCGUGGCUCCGUCCGACGCGCGCGGACGCCAUGCGCUCGCUCGGGGACCUCGAGCGCGCGCUUUCGCUCCGCUCGCUCGCGUUCCGCGCGCGCCACGGCGACGACGACGCGGUCGCGUCGCUCCGAGAGGCGGCGACGUUCGCCGCCGCGGCGCUCGACGGCGGCCAAGCCGCGGAAGACGCCGCGACGACGCUCGACGCGCGAGACGAGCGCGCCGCCGCGGCGUCGAUUCGCGCGGCGGCCGCGCCGGGCGACGCCGCGAUGGGCGCUUUGAGCGCGCUGCUCGCGGAGGACAGCAGAGGGAGCGCGCUGCGCGUGGACGUCGUCGCCGCCGCCUCCGAGGGGGAGCACUGCGCGGUGCAGAUCGUGCGGAUACGCGACGGGACCAUCGCGGGGAUGUUGACCGCCGACGUCGCGUUGCCAGGGACGCGGGGACGCGGGGACGCGGGGACGCGGGGACGCGGGGAGGCGGGGACGCGACCGCGACGCGCGAAGGGGAGGGAGGAUAGCGUCGUCGACGCCGCCGGCGCGCGCGUCGCGUGGAUCGGCGAGGGAGAGGAGGCGGAGGAGGAGGAGGAAGCCGACGCGCUCGGAUUCGACGACGACGACGACGACGACGAGCGCGUCGCGAUGGAGGUUGUCCUCGGCGAAGCCGCGCAGAGAGCGCUCGAGGCGUACUACAACGUCGAUAACGGCGAGGGUGCGAGCGUUUUGAACGCGCGGGACGUACCCGACGCGAUCUACACGCCGCACGCGCUGCCGGACCCGAGCGGGUUGGAGCGCGUCGUUCGCGCCGCCGCCGCCGCCGCCGUCGGCGCCGACGCCGACGCGUCCGGAACGCCGCCGCCGCUGAAUUCGAAGACUAAUAAGCAGCCGAGGAGGUACGUCAAGCACGGGAUCGACCUCCCUCCCGGCCUUCCCACGUCGCUCGCGUCGCUCGCGCGCGCGAACGCGGUCGAAUCCGCGCGACGCACCGCGAACGUCGUCGCCGCGAGCCGAGGCCUCGCGCGCGUUCUUCGACUUCCGAUCGCGUCCGACGCCGCGUCGUCGUCGUCAUCGUCCGACGUCGCGAUUCGCACGAUCGAGGGCGUGGACGUCUCCCACCUCGCCGGGUCGUCCACCGCCGCGUCCGUCGUGUCCUUCGUCGACGGCAGGGCGGACAACGCGGGGCACCGUCGGUACGAGCUCAAGAACACCGGAACAGGCGGCGGCGACAUCGCGCCGGGGGACGACCCCGCGGCGAUCUACGCCGCCGUGUACAAGCGCGUCGGGAGCGUUCGAUCGAAACCGCUCCCGGACUUGCUUCUGAUCGACGGUGGGAAGGCGCAGCUCGCGGCCGCGGCGGAGGCGCUGCGCGCGCGGAACGUCGAGAUCGUGAACUUGCAAGGAGUCGGAGUCGGCGUCGGCGGGGGCCAAGACGCGCGCGCGAGCGGCGACUCGACGCGUCCGCGCGUCGCGCUCGCGUCGUUGUCCAAGGGUCGUCUCAGCGGCGAAGAGUCCGUGUACGUCCCCGCCGCCGCCGGGGAGAACGGCGACGGGUUCGCCGCCGUGCGCGUGCGCGCGGGCGCCGCGGAGGACGUCGCCGGAGCGAAGCAGAACCUCGACCCGGGGAUGGUGCUGCUGCGGCUCGUGAGGGACGAGUCGCACGCGGUCGCGCUCGGCGCGCAUCGAAGACGGCGGCGGAGCGCGUUAUUCCGCGAGAUGCUGGACGCGUCGGACGACGGCGGCGGCGGCGGCGGCGGCGAGAGGGGGGGGAUCGCCGUCGCCGUCGCGGAGUGA